UGUACUCAUUUCAGGUUGAGUGGACCACACCAGUUUCACAGCACAUGAAGAAAACACAGCCUCCUCUUCAUAAUUGUAACAGCAAAUCAGGGAUAUCUUCAGAAAAGUUUAACAAUGUUUCAUUGAUGAAAGAAACAAAUGAAUCGGAGACGCUUAGAGCAUCCUACAGGCAUUCACCGAGGGCUUUUGACCCUGACUGCUCCCCAAUACGUAGUGGCUCAGGAGACCGAGCUCUCGGGACAGACUACAAAUAUGAGAUGAUAGUCGAUUUGGAGAAUACGGUGGACAGACUGAAAAACGCUCUGGUAUCACUGGAGGAGGACAACCUCAGCCUCAACAAGAAGAUAAGAGAAAACAAGGCAGAAGACCGCCCAUUUUUGACCAAUCACAAUGUCUCAGGCUCAACAAGUGGCAACAAUUCACAGAAAAUGGCUGGUGGUCUCACUCACAGUCCCACCUCCAAGCUCAAUACACACCCUGUCACUUUCAACAUGGCCAAAACAUACCCAGAAAGUCAAAGGCAAGAUACACCAUCCAAGAUAGGGGAGCCUAGGAUUGGAGAUAUGCUCAAAAUGGAGAGCCUAUCCUUGGAGGACAGGUGUGUUUACUUGGAGAAAGAGAAACAGGACUUGCAGAGGAAGUUGCGGAAGACGGAGGACUACUGCAAGGAGUGCGUCCGCGAGCUCAAGAGGAUCCUCCCAAAGUAUGAGGACCUCAAAGCCUCGAAUAAAACCCUGGAUAAGCUCAACAAGCAGCAGGCCGCAGAGAACCAUAGACUCGUCGACGCUCUUGAGGCCGGGAGCCAGGCAGGGGAGAGAUCCAGGGAUCACAGCCUGGCUCAGGAGCCUAAAGAAGGUGGUAGUGACAACAGGGUGCGGCUUCAACUGGAGAGGGCCAACGAUCUCUGCACCCAGCUCACCCAGGAGAAGGGGCAGCUGGAGGACCGGAUAGCCUCGCUGGCAAGGGAGGUCAGCCAUCUCACGAAUGAGCUGGAUAUGAGUUGGGCCGAGCUCCAUCGGCUGGGGGCCAGAAGGAGAAGCUCCCUUGAGGGGAUCACAACUAGGGACGGCAGCCUUCCGGCCUCGUCGGGCACGAACGAACUCCCAGCCGAACGCAUCCUGGACAGAGUGGGGAAAGAGCACAAGGCCAUGUCGGGCGCCGUGGCCCAUCUCAAAGAGGAGAACAAGACACUACGAGAGAACCUCAAACAGAGCGUCAAGAGGGGCGAGGAGGCAGAGGGCGGAGCCAAGCAGCUGAGGCAAGAGCAGGCCAUAUUGGAAAGCUGCCUGCUCACGGUGCAGAAGGAGAAAGACCUGCUUCAGCUGGAGGUGCGGCAGCUCCACCAGGAGUACAUCGAGCUCAGCAGUAGCAUCUCGCUGCAGCUGAGAGAGAGGAGCCCCAUCGCCAGUACCAGGAUAUUAGCAGGGUCACAUGUGGUGACUGAUGGUAGUGAUAGUGGAGCCAGGCAGCAAGAGAGUCCAAGGCAGCCUCUGAACAGCAGCCCUAUUACCAGAGAAAUGCUGGAUGGCCCUGUAGGCGGAGAGGCAAUUGUUCGUAUAAGGAAGCGUUUCGAGGAGGAGGAGCAGAGAGGCCAGAGGUACAAAAACAUCAUCAAUCAGAAUGAAUGAGGCUGAAGCUGGAUUAGUGGGCCAGGCAGACUGGAUGUUGACCUCUACCUCCCAUACCACGAGGGGUCAAGAGAGGUGAAGCAUCCUGUAGCCUACUGUAGAGCUCUUUGCAUCACUUUACCAACAAUAUGCCCUUCACAAGGUCAUGUACCAUAUGCACUGUACAGAUUUUAAUUCCCUGAUUAUAUUAUGCUUUUCAAAAUAUUUUGUCAGUGUUAUUUAUCAUUUAUAAUAGUUUUUAGAUAAAUGGCAUAUCAAGGCAUUUUGUGGCUAGGGCCGGGACGAUACAAGUAUUACGAUACUCGUUAGUAAUGUGGCAAGAAAACAAAACACGAAGCGGAUUUAACUUCUUUAGGAAAACAGCCCUAAUGUUGGAAACAAACAUCAUUAUCCAGAGUCACAAUUUUUUUUUUAAAGCUAAAGCACACAAUAUUUUACAUAUGUGGGGAUCUUAACAGUUGUAACAGUGGAAUUGGGAGGUUAGAUGACUAUAUAAAUUAUAUUAAUGAUAUUCCAUUGCGUGUUGCUUUGGAUGACUUUGUUAAUCAUCAUGGGGAAACCCUAUUAGAAUUCCUUCGAGACUCUAAAAUGUAUAUCAUUAAUGGAAGGAUAUUCCCCUUAAGCGUUAACUUUACAUCCAUAUCUAGCAAAUAAAAACCUGUGGUGGACUAUAUAGUUACCCUCCACAACUGUCUACAAACUUGUUUGGAAUUUAAGGUGUUACCCCCACAGAUGGUUGUAGAAUGUGGAUGUUUUGACUUAAUUGAAGAAAAAAGUAGACUUCCUGAUCAUUCUCUUUUAUUUAUGAUAUUUUCUGUUUCUCAACCAGGUAUUACUGUGCAUCACCUGGGGCAAAAGAUACAUACCCCACAUAGGCCUAAAUGUAAGAAAAGAAAUGUGCCAAAUUAUUUUCUGUUCUAAAAUGGCAUGUAGAGUUCUGGUGGAAGUCAUCAAAACUCUGCAAAGAUGCCAAGAAACACCAUUUGAUUUAGCUGUGUGGUAUGAAACAUUUUGUGAUAUAUAUUCUGAUGCAAAAAAAGAAUACAGCCCCAAGCCCAGGAAAGUUUACAAGCCGAACAAGCCUUAUCGGAAUGAUGAGUUAAGGGAUCUAUUGUCAGUAAUGCGCAAGGCUGAGUACUUAUUUUUACAGUGUAAAGAUAGGAAUUACAAGAGAACAUUUUAGGAAUGUGUUUAAAAGUUUUGCACUUAUUCAAACGGAGAUAUCAGAGAGGGCAUUUAUUACACCUUGAGGUGAUACAGACAAGAAAUCCUCAACAGUUUUGGAGCC